GAUGGAGAGUCGGAGCGUGCCGCCCGGCCCUUACCGGGCCACCAAGCUGGGCUUUUCCAUUUAAAAGUGAUGUGUUUAUUCUACACCACCACCACCUUCGUGCUCCACUGCCACAAACCUGAAAGUUUGGAUGGUGUGAGGAUGAUUUGGAAAAUAUGAGUAUCUUUGUGAAAUUGGAAUGAAGUUACCACAUCUUUUCGAGCAGGAAUGCCUCUAAGAAAACACAGGCAGCACUUUAAAAAAUAUGGCAGCUGUUUUACAGCAGGAGAAGCAGUGGAUUGGCUUUAUGACCUAUUAAGAAAUAAUAGCAAUUUUGGUCCUGAAGUUACAAGACAACAGACUAUCCAACUGUUGAGAAAAUUUCUUAAGAAUCAUGUAAUUGAAGAUAUAAAAGGUAGAUGGGGAUCAGAAAAUCUUGACGACAACAGUCAACUAUUCAGAUUUCCUGCAACUUCUCCGCUUAAAACUCUUCCACGAAGGCAUCCAGAAUUGAGAAAAAACAGCAUAGAGCACUUUUCCAAAGAUAAAGAUAGUACUUUUAAAUUACGAAACUUGUCUCGUAGAACUCCUAAGAAGCAUGGAUUACACUUCUCUCAGGAAAAUGCGGAGAAAAUAAACUGUGAAAUAAUCAAUGAAGAUCAAAAAAACUCAUUUGAUAAUAGAGAAAUAAGUCAGGAAGAUGUUGAAGAAGUUUGGAGAUAUAUUAUUCUGAUCUACCUGCAAACUAUUUUAGGUGUAUCAUCCCUAGAAGACGUCAUAAAUCCAAAACAAGUAAUUCCUCAGUAUAUAAUGUACAACAUGACCAAUACAAGUAAACAUGGAAUAGUUAUACUACAAGAUAAAUCAGAUGACCUUCCUCACUGGGUAUUAUCUGCCAUGAAGUGCCUAGCAAAUUGGCCAAGAAGUAAUGAUAUGAAUAAUCCAACUUAUGUUGGAUUUGAACGAGAUGUAUUCAGAACUAUUGCAGAUUAUUUUAUAGGUCUCCCUGAACCUCUACUUACCUUUGAAUAUUAUGAAUUAUUUGUGAACAUUUUGGUUGUUUGUGGCUACGUCACAGUUUCAGAUAGACCCAGUGGGAUACAUAAAAUCCAAGAUGAUCCACAGUCUUCAAAAAUCCUUCACUUAAACAGUUUGAAUUCCUUCAAAUCAACUGAGUGUCUUCUUCUCAGUCUGCUUCAUAAAGACAAAAACAAAGAAGAAUCAGAUACUACUGAGAGACUGCGGAUAAGUGAUCAAGGAUUUCAAGAAAAAUGUGCUAAGAAAAUGCAGAUAGUUAAUUUAAAAAACAGAAGAGCCAGUGCUAAUGACAUAAUGGGAGGAAGUUGUCGUAAUUUAAUAGGCUUAAGUAGUAUGCAGGUUCUGUCCUCUAACAUCAAACCAAGGUGCUAUUCUUUAGAAGGAAUUGUAGAUUUACCAGUGAGUUCAAUUAGAGAGGUCUCCAGUGUCUUCCAUCAAUCUGUUCUGAACAUAGAAGGACAAAAUAAUAAACAGUUUUUAGUGUCUAAGACCAAACAGGAAUCCCUAACGAAUCUUCAUUCAGAGGAAAGUAAUCAAAAGCCACUCUGUGUUGGUUUUAAGAGAACCUCUCCUUUGACUGUUCAAGACCAAGAGGAGUUAUGUAAUGGGAAAUACAAGUCAAAACAGCUUUAUAGAUCUCAGAGUUUACUUUUAAGGAGUAGUACAAGAAGGAAUAGUUAUAUCAAUAUGCCAGUGGCUGAAAUUGUCAUGAAACCAAAUCUUGGACGAGGCAGCACAAGUGUGCAAACAGCCAAGGAAGGUGAACUCGGAAAGUCUAGUACCACAAUCAAUAAAAGACUCUGCAAAAGUACAAUAGAACUUUCAGAAAAUUCUUUACCUCCAGCUUCUUCUAUGUUGACUGGCACACAAAGUUUGCUGCAACCUCAUUUAGAGAAGGUUGCCAUCGAUGCACUACAGUUAUGUUGUUUGUUACUUCCCCCACCAAAUCGUAGAAAGCUUCAGCUUUUAAUGCGAAUGAUUUCUCGAAUGAGUCAAAAUGUUGAUAUGCCCCAACUUCAUGACGCAAUGGGUACAAGAUCACUGAUGAUACACACUUUUUCUCGGUGUGUGCUAUGCUGUGCCGAAGAAGUGGAUCUUGAUGAGCUUCUUGCUGCAAGAUUAGUUUCUUUCUUAAUGGAUCAUCAUCAGGAAAUUCUUCAAGUACCCUCUUACUUACAGACUGCAGUGGAGAAACAUCUUGACUACUUAAAAAAGGGCCAUAUUAAAAAUCCUGGAGAUGGACUGAUUGUUCCUUUGCCAACAUAUUCAUACUGUAAGCAGAUUAGUGCUCGGGAGUUUGAUGAACAAAAAGUUUCCACCUCUCAAGCUGCACUUGCAGAACUUUUAGAGAAUAUUGUUAAAAACAAGAGUUUGCCUGUCAAGGAGAAAAGGAAAAAACUAAAACAGUUUCAGAAGGAAUAUCCCUUGAUAUAUCAGAAAAGAUUUCCAACCACGGAGAGUGAAGCAGCACUUUUUGGUGACAAACCUACAAUCAAGCAACCAAUGCUAAUUUUAAGAAAACCAAAGUUUCGUAGUCUAAGAUACUAAUUGAAUUAAAAAUUAUGUAAUACUUGUGGAACUUUGGUAAAUGAAGCCAUAUCUAAGAAUCCAGCUAUUAAAAAGGAAGUCUAUUUAUUAAUAAGGUUUUUCUAAAUAAAACAUGUUUUGUAAGGAGGUGCCAAAAUAGUUUUUUAUCAAUGUGAGACUAAGAAACUAGUGGAUCUCAACUGAGAGCAAAUAACAGUAGGUGAUACCAGAUAUGUUAACCAGAAACAAUCUUUUGUUUAACAACAUCUGGAAAAGCUAUCAUGGUGUGUGCUACAAUUUUAUUUACUUGAAUUUUGAAAACUGACAUAAUGUUCAUCAAGAUUAAGCUGUAAUUCUGUUGUUACAAGAAAACUUAUCUGCAUAUGUGCUUAUGAAUAUUAAAGAACUAGUUGUUUAGGGUUACAUUUGUUUCUAAGUGUAAGAAUGUGAAGAAUAUUUGAAAACUCAGUGAAUUAAUUUUCUACUGCCAAAUGUUGCACUCUUUUGUAUAUUCUCUUUCCACUUUUGAUCUAUUUAUAUACAUAUGUGUUUUUAAAAUAUGUAUACAUAAGACUUGGUUGGCCUUAAACCUUUAUCCCAAUAAUUUCAGUUAUUCUUUUUUUUAAUAUAUCUUUUGCAUUCUUAUGUUCAUGAAUCUACUAGAAGAUAGAGAUACAAAAGAAGUAUAAGGCAAUCAUGUACUCAUUCAAAAGAUAUUUAUUUAGCAACUACUAUAUGUCUUUCAUUAUUCCAGAUAUUGAGACACGAUGAUGAAUAAAACAGAAAAUCUCUUCCCUUAAAGUAUUUAUUUUCUAAUCAAGGGAGGUACACCUAUCAGAUACUUAAAAUAACAGUAUACCCCCUAAAUCAAGUUGUGGGGAUUCCCUCAGCUGAAGACUGACCUCUGUGAUUAUGGAACAGUUCUCUAAGCUAGUGUUUUUCAAACUGCUACAUAUUAGAAUCACCUGGAGAGUUUUAAAACAAUACAUGCUCAGGCCCUACCUUGUACCAAUUAAAUCCGUAUUUUAAGAGAUGGUAUAUAGAUAGGCAUCAGUAUUUUUCAAACUCUCUAGGUGAUUCCAAUAUUUAGCCAACUUUGAGAAUCAGUGCCCUAAGCACUUUUUAUAAACAUUUAAGUAAAUGUCAAGCUGGUGGCACACUGGCUUUAUUAUUUCAUUUUAAGAAAAUGCCAAGUAUAAAUGCCUCUCACUUUAAUACAAGAUUAUCCAAAUUUCUGCUUGAUUGACUUAGUACAAAGUUGACACAGUUUUUCUUCCAUAUUUUUCUCCAAGAUUGAUUAAUAUUCAUUCCUUAAGUGGAAAGAUAUAUAUAAUGCCUGGGAUAUAAUAGACAUUUAUUGUUCAAUGACUGUUCUUACUUUUGAAAGUAAUGUCAUACUAUAAAAAUGACAACGUUCCAUUUGAAAUUACUAUUUUUUAUUAAAAAUUUGGACAGAAAAUGAUAACUAUAUCUUUUGCCCAGAAACCUUAGCUAUAAAAUUAUUGGACCAAAUUAGAAUUCUUUCCAAGAUGUUUGUAUGCUAAAACUUUUUCUGUUUAAAAUUUGUAAUAAUGUGAAUUCUGUUGCAUAGUGAGAUAAAAAUUAUUGUGGGUUUUGUAACAAUUUAAUUUUGUAUUUAUUGAUAUUAAAUAUAUAAAUAUUAUAAAGACAUAGUAAACUUUCAUCUGCAUUAGUGUGCAUGCAACUGAGAUUACAAAAUACAUGGUGUAACACUUUAAUAAUGUGAACUCUGAAGUCAGGUUUGAAUCCUAGUGUGCUAUUUAUUUACUCUGUAACCACAGACAAAUUACUUGACUUCUCUGAGUCCCAGUUUCCUUAUCUGUAAGAUAAAGAUUAUAAUAGUACCUCUCUUAGAAUUGUGAGAAUUAAGUAGAGUAAUGCAUGUGAAGUGUCUAGCAUAGUAUAAGCACUCUGUAAAUAUUAGCAAUUAUUACUAGAAUUAUAACACUAGAAGAGAUCUUAGCAAACAAGUAUCCCUCUCUAGGCCAGCCCGGUGGCAUAGUGGUUAAGUUCGUGUGCUCUGCUUUGGUGGCCCGUCAUUCUGAUCCCGGGCACAGACCUACACACUGCUCAUCAAGCCGUGCUUUGGCAGUGUCCCACAAACAAAACAGAAGAAGAUUGGCACA